UGCGAAAGUAAACACACAUUGGUGAAGUCGCGUCAAAACAUCAAAGAAUACAUAUUAUUUGAUCCAGAGCCAAUAUUAAUGUUAAUUUUCUUACACAUACCUAAUGAAAUCUUGUGUUAAAUUUGCUUGCUGGUUUGCAUAAUAUACAGCUGUUAAAUGUCGCAUAUACAGUAUUUGGAUGAGCUGGUUAAAGAGUACCUUUUGUUUCGAGGUUUUUGCAAUACUAUGAAAGCUCUAGACAGUGAACUGAAAGCAGACAAAGAUAAAGGAUUCCGGGCGGACAGAAUUGUGGAUCAAAUUGUCAUCUUCAUUAAUUCCUACGAUUUGAUUGCUUUGAGAGAUUUUUGGACUAAUUUAGACCAGAAGAUGUUCUCCAAACUGGAAGCCCAUUUUUCUCCAGCCAUCCGAAAACUGGAAAGUUCUGUUCUAAAAUUUUAUGUGAUUAACACUGUCUCAAACAACAAAACUGACAAGAUGCUCGAGUUCUUCAGCAAAAUGUCUUCUGAGCUCCAAGGGCAACCAGAAUGGAAGGAAUGGUUUGCUCUUCCGUAUGUCAGGAACCCAGAAGAAAGCCAUAUUUUUGCAGUAUAUUUCACUCGUCACUGGCAAGAUACUCUUUUGGCUUCUCUUCACAACCUUCUUGCUUUAACUUUCCAAAGCAUUCCACCUCCAACUUUGGCGAGCUUUGAAGAUGAGGCUGUGAAAAUGCGCAGACUCAUAGAAGAAGUUGAGACUCUGAAGGCAAAGCUUGCCUCUCUUGGAGUCCAAGAUAACGCAGAGGGAAGAUUCAAUGUUGUUGAACAAUCUCGGACGGAAUUGAUGGACGACUUUUAUAUAAUUGGGAAAAGGGAAACAGUCUCUGCAACUACAUCAGUUGAAAAUCAAAGUCUCUCCUUAAAGAACAUAAUGCGAAAUAUAAGUGGUGGCAUUCCCACCUCCCCCAUACUAGGUCGAAAGCAACAACUUCAAACUUCAAGUUCUAGGCGGUUUGUCACCUCUUCAAGUGUUGAUGAAAAGAGAUCAAGCAGCAAAACCAGAGUUUCAUCACAAAGAAGCAUAGGAGCAGACACGUCUCCAAUCCAGAAAUUAGAAAACAAGGCCAGUCCGAAAUUCAAAGACUCGGAGCAACCUACCGAUGUCGGAGACACUAAAAUUCCUGAAACUGAUGGUCCUUAUUUACUUUUGAGUCAGGAAGUACAAGAGAUUCAUAACAGCGCCAUAACUCAGUGCAAGUUCAACAACUCAGGAUCUCUUGUGGCCAGUGGAGACGUGGAUGGUGUGGUGAAAGUGUGGUCAACCUCUCCAGCGCCCAAGGUGCUAGCAACGUUCCAAUGCAAGUCAAACGUCGUUGCUAUUGACUGGCUAGGGAAACACGAGCGGUUCUUUAUUCUUGGAACCAAGGCAGGAUCAGUGUACUUGUGUGACUCGGCUGAAAAGAAGGUAGUGUGGGAGCUGGGUAACCAAUCAGGAUCUCCACUGAAAGACUCGAGAGUUCUGUAUGUCUGCUGUAGCCCAAGUGAGCCACAGAUUGUCUGCUCUGUAGCAUUCCCUGUCCCCAAUGGUGGCGACCCGCAAGGCAAAUUGUUUCUGCUUGAUGUCAAGACAAGAAAACUAGAGCGGUCGCUGUCCUUAAUUGGGGAUUCGUCUCAUUCCGUGCUGGUUGGCUGCUGCACAUACAAUCACAAUGGACAGCUUCUGGUUGCUGGUGCCACUGACGGAGUUGUUCGAAUCUUUGACAUACGCAAGGGGGAAUGUUUUGAUUCGUGGUUGGCACAUGAAGGCAGCGUUUUGUCUUUGCAGCUCUCUGCUGAUUUUACUUCAUGUUUCACUCUUGGACAAGAUGGAAAGUUCUGCCAACGGAAUUUAAACCAGUCGGGCCAUAGAGUGUGGGAAACCACUCUUCCAGAGCCGCUUGCAUCAGGAAUCCAUGGUCAGCUCUUUACAUUUGACCAGACUGGCCACUUCGUCUUAAUUUGUGGACGAACAGAGGAUAGCAUUAAUCAAGUCAACCCCCAGGGCUUGUCACCAGUUCUAUCCUUAGGAAUGAACAAAGGUGGAGGAGGCCAGGGUGCUUUCUCAACAGCUGUUGACUGGUGCAGUGCAAAUGAUUGCAGCACUUGCUUGGUUGGCAUGUCUGAUGGAAAAAUUAAAAUAUCCACUCUUCUCCAGCAGUAAUAAUUAUUACGCCUAUAACUCAUGAACUAUCAGAUUUAAGGUCUGCCUCUCCUCACUUAGAAGCGGAGUAAGAUUUUGUGAUUGAAAUUGACAAAAUAAAAAAUAAUGCACCAAUA